AUGGACCGACUAGCUUUCCCGGAGGACGUUGAGUCUAUCAAGAUUACCCUGGGAGGAACUUUGCCACCUGUUGCUUUGCUGCAGUACGUUGAAGAAAACACAUGUGCAAGCCUCGCUGAAUUUUUGCAGGUCCUGAAAUAUGUUGAGUUAGAGCUUAAUAAGACCUUCACUUCGUACUCCCUUCGCAUCCGUUUCGAGCCCUCUCAGGGGUCCAUGUUGAUUGACUUGUCCAGUAUUGUCUCCUUAGAGUUGAUCCAGAAUCUUCAGAAUGCCAUGUCUAAGGACAGUCUCUUUGGUCUCCUAAACGAAACGCUCACUCCAAUGGGUGGUAGGCUCCUGAGAGCCAACAUUUUGCAACCCUCUACAGAGGUUUCAAAAUUAUUAGCUCGAUAUGAUGCCGUAGAGGAUUUAUCUACAAAAGGGGAAAUGUUUGCAUCAGUAAGCAGAGAAAUAUGUUUCUGCGAUGAGAUCUAUACUAACUCGUGGCCUUCCGCAUCCCCAACAGCACUCAAAGGCCUCAUCGAUGCAGAUAAAGUGUCCUGA